GCGGAGCAGGCGAUACCCAUAAUAUCUUUUCUUUUUUGGAUUAAUCGGAAAAAAGAAUCAUCCCUACUGCUUCCCUUGAGUUCCUCUGAAGAAUCAAGCUUUGCACAAAUUAGGCUACCCGAAGCCCCGAUUUUUUUUUGCCACCGAUGGAGUUUGCUGGAGCGCAAGUGAGCGCGGCCACGGGGGCCAUGGAGUCCGUCGUCGGCAAGCUGGCUGCUCUGCUUCACGACGAGAACGAGGAUUUCAACGGCGACGUCGAGUCCCUCAAGGCCGAGCUGGAGGCCGUGCACGCGCUCCUCAAGAACACAUCCGAGGCCGACGAUCUGGACGAGCGAGCCAGACGCUGGAUGAAGGAGGUGCGGGAGCUCUCCUACGACGUCGACGACGGCCUCGACGAUCUCAUGCUCCCUGCUGGCGACGGAUCUGGUAACAACAAACCAGAUGGACUGGCAGGGAAGAUCAAGAUCUGGCUGAGGGAGACGACGGCUCUUCGUCGGACAGGCGAAGAGAUCGUUGCUGGUAUCAACUUAUCUAAGGCGAGCGUCGAGGUGGAGGAUCCCCGGGACUGCUAUCUGUACAGGGAGAUGCCCGAGCUCGUCGUGGGCGUCGACGGACCAUCCGCUGAACUCGUCAAAAUGCUGGGCAUGGGAGGAGGAGGGGAGGAUGCAUCAGUGCAGCAGCAGCAGCUGAAGGUCGUCUCCAUCGUUGGAUGUGGGGGGUUGGGCAAGACGACCCUCGCUCGUCAUGUUUACCGCACAUUUGGAGGGCAGUUCAGCUGCCGGGCUUUUGUGUCGCUCUCCCGAAAACCUGAAGUGGUGGCGAUCUUGAGGAAUGUUCUUAGCCAAUUGGGGUAUGAUCAAACCAUACCAGGAGAUGUACAACCGCUCGUCGAUUGCAUCUCCAGCUUCCUUCAGGAUAAAAGGUACUUCAUCAUAGUCGAUGAUGUGUGGGAUGUUCAAACAUGGGAUAUUAUCAAAUGUGCUUUUCCCAGAAGCAGUCAUGGUAGCAGAAUACUAACAACAACACGUAUACAUGAAGUAGCCAAAUCAUGCUGCGCUUCAUACCGGGGUCGGGUUUAUGAGUUAAGCCCUCUCAGUAUUGUGGAUUCAGAAAGGCUGUUAUUGAAAACAGUGUUCCAUUCUGACGAGCAAUGUCCAUCACACCUGAAGAGAGUGUCUGGUAUGAUCUUGCAAAAAUGUGGUGGUGUGCCCUUGGCAAUUCUCGCUGUAUCUGAAUUGCUGGCUGCCAACACACAUGAACAUCAGUGGGAGCAAGCGCACAAUUCUAUCAGGCAUGGACUUGGAACCAAUCCUGCUGUUGAAAGAAUCAUGAGGAUACUGUUGCUUGGCUACUCUGAUCUUACUCAUUGCCUAAAAUCUUGCCUGUUGUAUCUGAGUAUAUUCCCAGAAGGUUAUGCUAUCAAGAAGGAACAUUUGGUACUCAGAUGGAUUGCCGAGGGAUUCAUUCGUGAAGAACAUGGAUAUACUCUGUAUGAAUCAGGAGAAAGGUGUUUUAAUGAGCUCAUCAACAGGAACCUGAUCCAACCAGGGGAGAUUAAUGAGUUCGGUGAAGUGGAAACCUGUCGAGUACAUGGUAUAAUUCUCGAUUUCAUCGUAUCUAUAUCCAAGGAAGUUGAUUUUGUUACUUUAUUAGGUAUACCUGGUAUAAACCCUGAGCCAGAAAACAAGGUCCGUCGGUUGUCACUACAGGAGGGAAGUGAUAUUCCAAAAGAUCUUAUCUUAUGUAAUGCCCGCUCACUUACUGUUGUCGGGAACCGUGUUAAAAUGCCAUCUCUCUUGGACUUGAGACACUUGCGUAUUUUGGAUUUUGAAGGUUCUAGUGAACUAGAAGAUCAUCAUCUUGCAGAUAUAGGCAACCUGUUUCACCUUAAGUAUCUGAGGCUCAAGUAUUCAAGAAUUACCAAGCUUCCCGAACAAAUAGCAGAUUUACAGUACUUAGAGUCACUUGAUAUAUGUGGAAACAAUACAACCAUUGAAAUUCCAUCAGCUAUUAAUCAGCUUAGACGAUUGGCUCGUCUAGUUGUUAGUGAUGACACUAUAUUGCCAGAUGAAAUUGGAGGCGUUAAAGCAUUGCAGGUGUUGGAAGGUAUUAAUGUCAACAUGCAGUCAACCAACUUUGUUCGGCAACUUGGUCAACUUUCCAACCUGAAGAAGUUGAGCAUAAGUUUUAUCAAUUAUUAUGCUGGUGAUAACUGGAAGGAGAACCAGGAAGAGAUGGUCUCCGCGAUAUGUAGGCUAGGCAAAGCAAACCUUCAUAUUCUACACAUUAAAAUCAACGAGGGAGCAGAUGAGAUCUUCGAGGAAUCAUGGUGCCCUGCUCCACACAGUCUUCGGGAACUUGUCAUCGAGGUGGGUAUAGUAUCAAGAGUACCAAGGUGGAUUGGUUCACUUGUCAACCUCCAUAAAUUAGUCAUCCUUAUGUGGGACGUCGGCCAAGAAGAUGUGCUGAUCCUGGGAGGCCUGCCUGUUCUGCGGCAUCUCUGCCUCACAGCACUGACAGUUGGAUCAAAAGAUGAACGGCUUAAAAUUGACCGAAUUCAUGGUUUCCCUUCCUUGAGUCAUUUCAAAAUAGGUGGAGAAGAAUGUGCACUAGGGCUGAAUUUUGAAGCUGGGUCCAUUCCAAAGCUACAAAAGCUUGAGCUUGAAUUCGAUGCAGAGGAAACCCUUUCGCUGACAAAUGGUAAUUUCAAUUUUGGCAUCGAACACCUCUCCUGCCUUACAAGCACAAGCGUCCGUUGUACUUAUGAUGAAUCCAUCCCUCCCACAUUGGAGGCUGCCAUGGAGAGAGCCAUUAGUGCUCAUCCCAAUCAUCCCACGUUGGUAUGGAUAAAAUGAAUGGUAC